CUCAUGCCUACAGAUACUUGCCUCCUUAAGUACACCAAUGACAGCCUUACCUCUCAUAGGAACAUACUGAAUGGUUACGUAAUGAGAGACGUACUUCGGUACAUAGCUUGCCCGCAAAAAAGGUGCCCACCCAACGUACCAUUUCUUCGAGCUCUUCCCUCUUCCACCCUCACUUUUCCUCCCAGUCGACAGUCGACCAUUCAUACGGUAUUUUCAACCCAGGAGACGCCCGGGGCAUAAUCCGCGACAAUGGCGCGAAACUCGGAAAAGGCUCAGUCCAUGCUCUUCCGCUUCCGGGAGGCCCAGGCCGCCGACUUGGGCAUCAUCGACGCCGGCCGGGCACGGCGACCCAAGAUCAUCACCGAGGUCGACUCGAUCCCCUCCUGCGAGAAGUGGCGCGGCCAAACGCUGAAGGAGAUCAGCCGCAAGGUCUCGCGCAUCCAAGACCCGGCCCUGAGCGACUACCAGAUCCGGGAUCUCAACGAUGAGAUCAACAAGCUCAUGCGCGAGAAGCACAUGUGGGAGGUCCAGAUACGCAACCUGGGCGGCCCCAAUUACAUGCGUGGCGGCGGCAAGAUCUACGACGAGACGGGCCGCGAGAUACCCGGAGGAGGGAAAGGGUACCGGUAUUUCGGACGUGCCAAGGAGCUUCCCGGCGUCAAGGAGUUGUUCGAGGCGGCCGCGCAGAGGAGGGCACACGACGCCGAGAAGCCGCUAGAGACGCGCGAAGACCUGAGGAAGGCCGUGGACGCGAAUUACUACGGAUAUGCACCCGACGAGGAGGACGAGGCCCUGCUAAAAUACGAGGCUGAGAAGGAGCGCGAGGCCUUUGAAGUGCUACUAAAUAAGGGCAAGGCCGAACCCCCUCCAGGAUGGGAGCCGCUGCCUGGCGAUGUAGGCGACGGGAAGGCGUGGGAGCUGCCCACUCUAGAGGAGGUGCAGCAGGAGCUCAUAGAGAGGAGAAAGCGUAAAUUGCUCGGCCAGAUCCAAUAGCGCUUCCCUUCAGCGGGUUGGCAGCGCGUUUUCCUCCUUACGCCAUUCCGGAACUCCUCUUCCCGUCCCCCCCCGGGCCGCAGCGAUGAGAACUACAGAAACAACAUAGAAAGAGAAAACAUCGUCAUAUACAUUAUUCCCCGUGUGCUCCUAGGGGCCACAUGGCGAUCACCUUCAACGUAUCGCUACAUCUCUCCCGCUCCGCAUCCCGCCUGGCGGGAAAUUACGGAACGGGUCGAAGAUACCACUAAUAGGCACCCCCGUGAGCACGAUCAGCCUUUUCAAAGAAAACUAGCAGCAAACCAGGUAUUCCUCCGCCGGUGGAGCAUCCGUUAAGACGCAGGCCGGAGACGAUCUCGCGUCCAAAGGCCCGUUGAUACCUCGGAACUUUCCUCAUCCCCGACACUGGUCUCCCCAACGAGGAACCAGUACUUUCGUGGAGCGUAUAGAAAGAACAGCUUCAGCACUG